CCGUUUCUGACUGAUAACAACAACAACAUUAACACCACACUUUUAUAACCCCGAAAGUGAAAGUAAACGCGGAUGUGUUUUGAAGAAGUUGCGGACAGAGGACGAAAAGAAAGGAUAGUAUGAUACUAUUUGAAACCCUAUUAAUAUCUAAGAGCUAUGGAAGAGGUAAAGAAGAGAAAGAGAUCUUCAUCUGCAGGACUCCGUACCAAUUCCAUGUACCCAACCCCUGAAUUAAGUGAUGGAUCAAAGACCUCUGACCCCAGAAAGCAGAUUAAAGCCUCAUCUCCAGGACCCAGCUGUGUGUCUUUGAAGAGUACGGAUUCCAUGUAUCAACCUCCUCAAUUCAGUGGAGGAGCAGUGACCUUUGAACCCAGAACGCAGAUUAUAGCCCCAUCUCCAGAACCCAGCUGUGUAUCUUUGAAGAGUACAGACUCCAUGUAUCAACCUCCUCAAUUCAGUGGCGGAGCAGUGACCUUUGACCCCAGUGGUAAGGGAAAUGCUCAGAUCCAGGUUUACUCAAGGUUUACUGGUUCUGCUCCGCUUGAUAUGGACCUAACCCAGCUGGAGAAGACUGGAGACCUGCACCAACUAGAUACUAACCAAUCAGAUGUUCUGGCAAGGAUUAAAGACCAGCACAAGACCAGCAUGAGGAUCAAGUAUGAGAGUUUAUUUGAGGGAAUCAAACUACAAGAGAACAAAACCCUCUUGAACAGGAUUUACACACAACUUUACAUCAUAGAGGGAGAAAGUGAAGGAGUGAAUGAGGAACAUGAGGUUUUACACAUGGAGAAAAGUUACAAGACACGUCAAGAAAACACUUCAAUCAACUGUAAUGACAUCUUUAAACUUUUACCUAAACCAGGAUGUGAGGAAGAGCGAAAGAAAAAGAUAAAGACUGUUCUUACUAAAGGCAUUGCUGGAAUUGGAAAAACAGUUUCUGUGCAGAAGUUUAUUCUGGAUUGGGCAGAGGGAACAGCCAAUCAGGAUGUAGAUUUCAUGUUUGUGCUUCCAUUUCGAGAGGUGAACUUGAUCAAAGAUGAUCAGUACAGUCUUCACAAACUUCUGCUUGACUUUCAUCCUGAACUUCAAGAUCUGGACUCAAAAAUGUAUGAUGAGUGUAAAGUUGUGUUCAUCUUUGAUGGUCUGGAUGAAAGCAGAAUUACACUGGAGUUUAAAGACAGUGAAAAUGCAGUAUUUUCAGACAACAAGAAAGUUUCUGAUGUGACCCAGAUGUCAUCAGUUGGUGUGUUGAUGUCAAAUCUGAUCAGAGGAGAUCUGCUUCCCUCAGCUCACAUCUGGAUCACCUCCAGACCAGCAGCAGCCAAUCAGAUCCCUCCUGAAUACAUCAACCGUGUGACAGAAAUCCAAGGAUUCAAUGAUCCUCAGAAAGAGCAAUAUUUCAGGAAGCGAAUCAGUGAUGAACUUCAAGCCAACAAAAUCAUCUCACACAUUAAAAGAGCAAGAAGCCUCCACAUCAUGUGUCACAUACCAGUCUUCUGCUGGAUCUCAUCUACUGUGCUUCAAAACAUCCUGAAACAAGAUCACAGUGCAGAAAUCCCUAAAACUCUGACUGAAAUGUACAUACACUUCCUGCUCAUUCAGAUAAAUAUGAGUAACCAGAAGUAUGAAAGAAAAGAAGUGAGAGAUCCAGCAAAACUUCUGCAGUCCAAUAGAGAAGUAAUUGUGAAACUGGCUGAACUGGCCUAUGAACAGCUGAAGAAGGGCAAUGUGAUGUUUUAUGAGGAGGAGCUGAGUGAAUGUGGGAUAGACAUCACUGACGCCGCAGUGUUUUCUGGGAUCUGUACUGAGAUUAUUAAGGAGGAAUCUGUGAUUCAUCAGAGGAAAAUCUACUGCUUCAUACACCUGAGCUUUCAAGAGUUUCUCGCUGCAUUCUAUGUUUUUUACUGCUUUAUAAAUAAAACUUCUGUGGCUCUGAAAGAGUUUGAUUUACUUGCUAAUCUCCAUAAGGGGGUGAUUAACGCCGCCCUCCGAAGUGAGAACGGACAUCUGGAUCUAUUCCUCAGAUUUCUGUUAGGCAUCUCGCUGGAGUCCAAUCAGAGACUCUUACGAGAUCUACUGAUCCACACAGAGAGCAGUUCAGAGAGCAUCCAGAAAACCAUUGCUCACAUCAAAAACAAAAUCAAAACUGAGCAUGAUAUUAAAGCCGGCAGAUCCAUCAAUCUGUUCCUCUGUCUGCUGGAAAUGAACGAUCAGACUUUGUCUAAGGAAAUUCAAAAGUAUCUGAAAUCAACGAAAUGCACAGAAAAUAAACUCUCUGCUUCACACUGCUCAACAAUAGCGUACAUACUUCAGGUGUCGGAGAACGUGCUGGAGGAGCUGGAUCUUAUAAAAUACAACACAUCACUGGAGGGUAGAUGGAGGCUGUUACCAGCUGUGAUAAACUGCCGAAAAGCUCUUCUCGCUGGCUGUGAUCUCACUGAUCAGUGUUGUGAAAUUGUGGCUUCAGCUCUACAGUCCUCAGAUUCCCUCCUGAAAGAACUGGACCUGAGUAACAAUGACCUUCAGGAUUCAGGAGUGAAGAUCAUCUGUGAAGGACUCAAGAGUCCAAACUGUAGAUUAGAGAUACUGAGAUUAUCUGGCUGUAUGGUGACAGAUGAAGGAUGUUGUUGUUCGGCUUCAGCUUUGAGGUUAAACCCCUCACACCUGAGAGAGCUGGAUCUGAGCUACAACCACCCGGGAGCCUCAGGAGUAAAGAUGCUCUCUGAAAGACUCAAUGAUCCACACUGCACACUAGAAAAACUCAAUUUAGAUCAUGCAGGACAUCUCAGGAUCAUACCAGGACUACGAAAAUAUAUUUGUCAUCUUACACUGGAUUCAGACACAGCAAACACUCGUCUUCUUCUGUCUGAGAGCGGGAGAAUGGUAGAACGUGUAGAAGAGGAUCAGUCGUAUCCUAAACAUCCAGACAGAUUUGAGGACCAGGAGCAGGUUAUGUGUAAAGAGCGUCUGUCUGGACGCUGUUACUGGGAGGUUAAAUGGACUGUAGGGGCUUACAUAGCAGUCACAUAUAGAGGAAUUAGAAAGAAAGGAGGAAGUGACUGUAGAUUUGGAUGGAAUGAUAAAUCCUGGAGUGUUUUCUGUACUUUUGACAGAUUUAGUGCUUGGCACAAUAAUAAAAACACAGACAUACAUGUCCAGACAAAGUGUGACAAAGUUGGGGUGUAUCUUGAUGAGCCGGCCGGUAUUCUGUCCUUUUCCGCCAUCUCUGACACACACACACUCACACACAUACACACAUUUCACACCACAUUCACUGAACCACUCUAUGCUGGGUUUGCUGUUUAUGGUUCAGUGUCUCUGUUAGAUUGAACAGCCUGCAUUAUUAACAGAAGAGAGACAUGAAUCUGUAUAUUUUGUAUAAAGCAGCUUAAAAAUAUAAAGCUGUUGUGAAAACGCUAGAUUUGAAUAAUUCCCACAAACUCUGCGCUCAUAGGGCCAGAAAUGUAUUCACUUGUGUAUUAAUCCACUAGCGGUGUGACGUUUCACUCCUUUUCUUGAUCCAUCGAUUACAAAUGGUGCAGAUUUAUAUGCAUCAAUCUUAAAAUUUUAUUUUUUUAAAUCAUGAAUCGAUUAAUUUUGUUAAUAAUCGAGUCAAAGAAUCAAAUGAACUGCGCUUCAAAAAGUAUGAUCAAAUAUUUUAAGUAUAGGCCUAUAUGAACAUUAUAUUAAUUAAGCGCUUCUCUCAUGAUAUCUGCGCUAUUGAUUACGGCAUUACUCUUUAACUUGCACUUGUUAGAUGUAAUUUGCACGCACGCACACACGUUGUUAACAUUUAUGCACAUGAAAAUUCUUCACAUUGAAUGAUUAUAAUGUAAACAAUGAAGCUGCAAGUAUUAAUGGUAUAUAGAGCAGGACCUGUUAUAUAUUAUGGUCGAAAUACAAAAGCAUUACAUAUACAUUUUUUUUGUUGCGUUGUAAAGGGGCGGUCACAUUACACACUUCUUUCCAUUGACUUACAUUCAUACGCAGACAAUGCGUCAGCCCGGAAACGCAGGCUCAUGCGAAAAUGUUUUGCAGUACCAAAGUUCAUAGAAAACCAGUACAUCACCGCAUGACCGUUUUCUCUACUGUAAAGCAAAGAUGGUCGAAGCGAUUCCCACCCAUAUUCGCAGUAACUUAUGAAAACACAACAAAAAAACACAAUAAAGCACUAAUUUGCAAUCACACUUAACACAUUUAAGUCACAAGCUGUAAACGUGUUGGAUAAUAAACACACACACGCACACACAAUUAACAAUUUAUUUUAUGGUCCAGUUUUCACUUCAUUGCACUGAUUAACAUGGACAUAUAACUACUCUUUUUUUUUUUCUUUUCCAUUCAUUUGUCAUUUUAUUCAAACAAUAUUUAGAAAAUUGUUGGAGCCUGUUAAUGUUAAAUGAAUAUUUAACUUUCAUAAAAAAUUGGAUAAUUCACUCACCCCCAUGUCAUCCAAGAUGUUUAUGUCUUUCUUUGUUCAGUCAAGAAGAAAUUAAGUUUUUUGAGGAAAACAUUCCAGGAUUUUUCUCCAUAUAGUGGACUUUAGUGACCUCAAAAGGUUCAAUGCAGCUUCAAAGGGUCUUUAGCGAGAUUUUCACCAAAAAAAUGUAAAAUAUGUACUUUUAAACCACAACUUUUCAUCUUGCAUUAGCCGUGUGAUGCUCAAGAUGCGAUGUGAUGCGACCUUACGUAUUACGUAAUCACUUCGAAAGGUCCACAUGGCAUAUGCCAAACUACCGCUUCAGUGUUUACAACUUUAAACUGCAUUGAAACUGUUAAGGUCCACCGAAGUCCUCUAUAUGAAGAAAAAACCUGGAAUGUUUUCCUCAAAAAACUUAAUUUCUUCUCGACUGAACUAAGAAAACAUAAACAUCUUGGAUGACAUGGGGGGAGUAAAUUAUCAGGAUUUUGUUUUUGAAAGUGGAGUUCUAGUUUCACACUAAUUAAUGUAUAUAUUAUAUUAUAUAGUAUUAUCACUAACAACUAAAUCAUUCAUUAUUUUAACAUGAACACAAGUUAUAAUUUAGAUUGUACACUGUACACUUUCUUUAUUAAUGCUUCACUAUAGGGAUCACAAUGAAAAGUGUGCAGUAAACAGUUUAUCAUUUAUCACGAUUUGUUUUUGACUCCACAUUAAGGCAAAGAGUGUUUUUAAAAUUUUUCUGAAUUGAAUUGUUAUAAUUAUUUGCUAAGUGCAUCACAUUUAGUAGAAUAUUUUGAAUUAAUUUACCUUGUGAAGUGAAUCGAAUCAAUCUUCAUUGUGAAUCAAAUCGAUUUGAACAUUCCAAGUUGAAAAGAAAUCUUUAAAUCGAAUCAAAAACCGAUUAGCUGUCCACCCAAAGAUUCAAGUUUUUUUUUUUUUUUGUCGCAAGUGAAUCAGAUCUACCGCUUCUUUCUCUCUCUUUCUCUUUGACCGAAGUUAUACAUGUAUUUGAUGUUUUCUACAGAACAUAAAGUUUAAUAGUGGACAUUUGUUAUCAGUCACGUUUUAGAUAUAUGAGGAUAGUACGGCUGCUUCAGGUGGACCAAAUCAUCUCUUUUACUUUUUCUCAGUUUGUAAAUGGUUUUCUGUCUGCAGGCAUUAUUUUCCUAUUUGUGUUUCCUAAGGUGUGUUAAGAAAAUAUACAUAUCAAAUAUGUGGAUAAUCACUGCUUGAACUUUAAAACUGCUUAAGCUUUAUAAGUUACACUAGUUGUUUAAGUACUACUCACACUUUGUGGCAAAGUUUUCUAGAAAAUACGUAUUAACUGUUUUAUAAGGUAUUCUUAUUUCAGGACUUUAUAUGCAUUAAUCCUCAUGCAUUUCACAACUGCCUGAUAUACAACUAUGGUAAGCGAUGACUUGGAAGUUUAACUGCUAAAUUAGCUAUGAAUGGAUCACAAUGUACAUGUCAGAUAUGGCUUGUUUACAGAAAGGGUUGUAAGGCACUUUUUGUAAAACUGCUUUAAAUCAAGAUAUUUUUGCAGAAAACCAUACCAAAUCAUUGAGUAAAUUCCUCCUAAGGUUGCAGAGAUUGUUUUUUACGUCUUUGCAUAAGUCCCUCCCCAAAAUCAUAAUAAAAAAAAUGUAUUUGUGUAUUUACAGGAUUUUUAACAAUGUAUGUUUUUUACUGUUGAGAAAAUAAAUUCACUGCUUAGAAAUGCACUUAAAGAGAUAUGUAUAACUUUAACAAAAAGGUCAAAAAUAAAUAAAAGGAAAAUAUAUCUCUGAUACAUCUCUUGUCGAAUUUUGAAUCUGAAACUACAAAAUGUUGUUAAGGCAUAUUUUAUGCUUGUGACAGAGAUUAUCUGACCUGAUUUCAUUAUUUAUUGAGACAGUUUUAAGAUUAUUCAUUUUACACUCUGAGGCUAUUUUGGGGAUUUCUGUCUGGACAGGGCGUCGGACUGGGGGUAAAACCAGUACUGAUUACCAGGGCCCCAAAGGAAGAGAGAGCCCUUGAAAAGUCUGAAAUAUAUUAUGGGGGUGGGGCAUGGGGGCCCAUCAGAACUGCCUAUGCAUAGGGCCCGAGGUCUUGUUCAACACCCCUGCGUCUGGAUUUGGCCUACCCAAUUUCAAAAGCUUCCCAUAUCCACAUGCAGAGGUGUACAUACAAAAGUAUGGUAUCAUUUUACAGGAAACCCUUUAAAAUUUCAUAAAACACUGUUGAAAAUCCUAAAAAUGGUUGUAUGUGUUGUCAGUCCUCUAUUAAACACAAAAAUAAA